CUGUUGUUCAUAACUGUAAUAUUGUCAUCCAAAGAGCAGAAUUGUCAUAGAACUGUGGUAAUGAAUGACUAUUUCACUUGUAGGUAUUCAAAGCGUUGAACCUCAGGUCCAUUGGGUAUACAACUUUCAGAAGACAUGCACGGACAUACCUGGAGCCAGCUAUUAUUCACAAGUGGCAUCAAUUUCAGGAGGAACAGUGGAAGGAUCUCAGCCAACACAAAGUCAAACUUGGUGGCGAUAUGAGGGCAGACAGUCCAGGUCACAGUGCGAAGUAUGGCAGCUACUCGCUGAUGAACCUGGAGAACAACAACAUUAUUGAUGUGCAGCUUGUUCAGAGCAAUGAGGUUGGAGGUAGCUGCAAUAUGGAGAAGGAGGGUCUGAGAAGAAGCCUGGAGUUGCUUGACUCAAAGGGUGUGGCAGUGGACUACAUUGUAACUGACCGGCACCCUCAAAUACAGAAAUACCUGCGUGAUCGUGAUGUCCAGCAUUUCUAUGACGUCUGGCACUUUGAAAAAGGUCUAUCUAAGAAACUUGACAAGCUGUCCAAAGACAAAGAAUGCGAACUUCUAAAAAAGUGGCGGCGGAGCAUCGGGAACCAUGCUUACUGGGCAGCAACAUCCUCUUCCACAGGCCCUGAAAAACUGGCCAAAUGGACCUCCAUUUUAAACCACAUACAAAAUAGGCACACCCAUGAUGACCCCACCUUUCCCAAAUGUCUGCACCCUGCGCUGCCUCAAAAAAGAUCAAAAAAAUGGUUUAAGCCAGGCUCCAAAGCUCUCUGCAAGGUGGAGAAGCUACUUCUUAGCAAAAGGGUCCUGACAGAUGUGCAGAAGCUCAGCUCCGACUACCAAAGUUCUCACAUUGGAGGCAUUCCAUAG